CUCGGCUCCCGCGGCUACUGCCUCAGCUCCUCCACAGCAACGGCGGCGGCCGCGGCUGCUGAGUCGGUGGCGGCGGCGGCGGUGGCGGUGGCGGCGGCGGCGCAGCGGCUGCUGGCUGAGCGCUGAGCGGCGAGUUUCCGAUUUAAAGCUGAGCUGCGAGGAAAAUGGCGGCGGGCGGAUCAAAAUACUUGCUGAACAGUGGAGUCAGAGACCAAUAAAAAUAAACUCCUACUUGAACAUCAUCUGACUGGUUAGCCAGAUACCUUGAAGCCACCAUAUUUUUUGGAAUGGGAAUAUCCAAGUGAAAAAUGACAUGUCAGAAAGAAGCAGAACUGUUCUACAAGUUGCUGAUGUAUAUUCACGAUGAGCGGAUUAGGAGAAAACUCCUUGGAUCCGCUGGCCCCUGAUUCACGAAAACGCAAGUUGCCAUGUGAUACUCCAGGACAAGGCCUUACCUGCAGUGGUGAAAAGUGGAGACGGGAGCAGGAGAGUAAAUAUAUUGAAGAAUUGGCUGAACUGAUAUCUGCUAAUCUUAGUGAUAUUGACAAUUUCAAUGUCAAACCAGAUAAAUGUGCAAUUUUAAAGGAAACAGUAAGACAGAUACGUCAAAUAAAAGAGCAAGGAAAAGCUAUUUCCAGUGAUGAUGAUGUUCAGAAAGCUGAUGUAUCUUCCACAGGACAAGGAGUUAUUGAUAAAGACUCCUUAGGACCACUUUUACUUCAGGCAUUGGAUGGCUUCCUGUUUGUGGUGAAUCGUGAAGGAAACAUUGUAUUUGUGUCAGAAAAUGUCACCCAGUACCUGCAAUAUAAGCAAGAGGACCUGGUUAACACAAGUGUCUACAAUAUCUUGCAUGAAGAAGACAGAAAGGAUUUUCUUAAAAACUUACCAAAAUCUACAGUUAAUGGAGUUACCUGGACUAAUGAGACCCAGCGACAAAAAAGCCAUACAUUUAAUUGCCGUAUGUUGAUGAAAAUACCACAUGACAUUCUGGAAGACAUAAACACUAAUCCUGAAAUGCGCCAGAAAUAUGAAACGAUGCAGUGCUUUGCCCUGUCCCAGCCACGGGCUAUGAUGGAGGAAGGAGAAGAUUUGCAAUCCUGUAUGAUCUGUGUGGCACGUCGCAUUACCACAGGAGAAAGAGCAUUUCCAUCAAAUCCUGAGAGCUUUAUUACUAGACAUGAUCUUUCAGGAAAAGUUGUCAACAUAGAUACAAAUUCACUGAGAUCUUCCAUGAGGCCUGGUUUUGAAGAUAUAAUCCGAAGGUGUAUCCAGAGAUUUUUUAGUCUUAAUGAUGGGCAGUCAUGGUCCCAGAAACGUCACUAUCAAGAAGCUUAUAUCCAUGGCCAUGCAGAAACCCCAGUGUAUCGAUUCUCUUUGGCUGAUGGCACUAUAGUGACUGCACAAACAAAAAGCAAACUCUUCCGAAAUCCUGUAACAAAUGAUCGUCACGGCUUUGUCUCAACCCACUUUCUUCAGAGGGAACAGAAUGGGUAUAGACCAAACCCAAAUCCUGUUGGACAAGGCAUUAGACCUCCAGCGGCUGGAUGCAACAGUUCGGUAGGCAGCGUGAACAUGUCGCCAAACCCAGGCUUGCAGAUGCUGAGCAGCAGGACCUAUGGCUUGGCUGAGCCCGGCACCACGGGGCAGAUGAGUGGAGCCAGGUAUGGGCCUUCCGGUAGCAUAGCUUCAAUGAACCCUGGGCCAGGCAUGCAGUCACCAUCUUCCUACCAGAACAGCAACUAUGGUCUCAACAUGAGUAGCCCUCCACAUGGGAGUCCUGGUCUUGGCUCCAGCCAGCAGAAUAUUAUGAUUUCUCCUCGUAAUCGUGGGAGUCCAAAGAUGGCCUCACAUCAGUUUUCUCCUGUUGCAGGUGUGCACUCUCCCAUGGGAUCUUCUGGCAAUACUGGGAGUCACAGCUUUUCUAGCAGCUCUCUCAGUGCCCUUCAAGCUAUCAGUGAGGGAGUAGGGACUUCUCUUUUAUCUACUCUGUCUUCACCAGGUCCCAAAUUGGAUAACUCUCCCAAUAUGAAUGUAAGUCAACCAAGUAAAGUGAACAGUCAAGAUUCCAAGAGUCCCCUAGGCUUGUAUUGCGACCAGAAUCCAGUGGAGAGUUCAAUGUGUCAGUCAAAUAGCAGAGAUCACCUCAAUGACAAAGAAAGUAAGGAGAGCAGUGUGGAAGGGCCAGAGAAUCAGCGGGGUCCUCUGGAAAGCAAAGGUCACAAAAAAUUACUACAGUUACUUACCUGUUCUUCUGAGGACCGGGGUCAUUCCUCCUUGACCAACUCGCCCCUGGAUUCAAGUUGUAAAGACUCUUCCAUUAGUGUCACCAGCCCCUCUGGGGUCUCCUCUUCGACGUCUGGAGGAGUGUCCUCCACAUCCAAUAUGCACGGGUCACUGCUGCAAGAGAAGCACCGGAUUUUGCACAAGUUGCUGCAGAAUGGGAAUUCACCGGCUGAGGUAGCCAAGAUUACCGCCGAAGCCACUGGGAAAGACACUAGCAGUACAACGUCUUGUGUAGAAGGAAACGUCAAGCAGGAGCAACUAAGCCCUAAGAGAAAGGAAAAUAAUGCUCUGCUUAGGUAUCUGCUGGACAGGGAUGAUCCUAGUGACACGCUCUCCAAAGAACUACAGCCCAAAGUGGAAGGUGGCGUAGACGGUAAAGUGAGCCAGUGCAGCAGCUCCAUCAUCCCGAGCUCAAGUCAAGGGAAGGACGCUAAAAUUAAGACAGAAACAAAUGAAGAGGGAUCUGGAGACUUGGAUAAUCUAGACGCUAUUCUUGGUGAUCUGACUAAUUCUGACUUCUACAAUAAUUCCGUAUCCACAAAUGGUAGUAAUCUGGUAACGAAGCAACAGAUGUUUCAAGGAACUAAUUCUCUGGGUUUGAGGAGUCCACAGUCUGUGCAGUCUGUUCGUCCUCCAUAUAACCGAGCAGUGUCUCUAGACAGCCCUGUUUCCGUUGGCUCAAGCCCUCCAGUAAAGAAUAUUGGUGCUUUCCCCAUGUUACCAAAGCAACCCAUGUUGGGUGGCAAUCCAAGAAUGAUGGAUAGUCAGGAAAAUUAUGGCUCAAACAUGGGUGGACCAAACAGAAAUGUGACUGUGAAUCAGACUCCUUCCUCGGGAGACUGGGGCUUACCAAACUCAAAGGCCAGCCGAAUGGAACCUAUGAAUUCAAACUCCAUGGGGAGACCAGGAACGGAUUAUAACGCUUCUUUACCCAGGCCUGCCGUGGGUGGCUCAGUGCCCGCCGUGCCUCUUCGGUCCGGUAGCAUCCCAGGUGUGAGGCCAGUGUUGCAGCAGCAGCAGCAGCAGCAGAUGCUUCAGAUGCGGCCCGGUGAGAUUCCCAUGGGGAUGGGGGUCAGUCCUUAUGGCCAAGCAGCACCAUCGAACCAACCUGGUUCCUGGCCAGAUGGCAUGUUGUCCAUGGAACAAGGCCCUCAUGGGACUCAAAAUAGGCCACUUCUUAGGAAUUCCCUGGAUGAUCUCCUUGGGCCACCUUCUAACCUUGAAGGCCAGAGUGACGAAAGAGCAUUGUUGGACCAGCUGCACACACUCUUGAGCAACACAGAUGCCACAGGCCUGGAAGAAAUUGACAGAGCUCUUGGCAUUCCUGAACUUGUAAAUCAAGGACAAGCUUUGGAGUCCAAACAGGAUGCUUUCCAAGGCCAAGAAGCGGCAGUAAUGAUGGAGCAGAAGGCGGCAUUAUAUGGGCAGACGUACCCGACACAGGGGCCUCCAGUGCAAGGAGGCUUUCAUCUUCCGGGACAAUCACCACCUUUUAACUCGAUGAUGAAUCAGAUGAACCAGCAAGGCGGUUUUCCUCUCCAAGGAAUGCACCCCCGGGCCAACAUCAUGAGACCCCGGACAAACACUCCCAAGCAACUUAGAAUGCAGCUUCAGCAGAGGCUGCAGGGCCAGCAGUUUUUGAAUCAGAGCCGUCAGGUACUUGAAAUGAAAAUGGAAAACCCCACUGCUGGUGGGGCUGCGGUGAUGAGGCCCAUGAUGCAGCCCCAGGUCAACUCCCAGCAGGGUUUCCUUAACGCCCAGAUGGUCGCCCAGCGCAGCAGAGAGCUGCUGAGUCAUCACUUCCGACAGCAGAGGGUGGCGAUGAUGAUGCAGCAGCAGCAACAGCAACAGCAAACCCAGGCCUUCAGUCCACCCCCUAACGUGACUGCGUCCCCCACCAUGGACGGAGUCCUGGCAGGGCCUGCCAUGCCACAGGCUCCACCCCAGCAGUUUCCAUAUCCACCAAAUUAUGGGAUGGGACAACAGCCAGAUCCAGCCUUUGGUCGAGUGCCUAGUCCUCCCAAUGCGAUGAUAUCAUCAAGAAUGGGUCCCUCCCAGAAUCCCAUGAUGCAGCACCCUCAGACCGCACCCAUGUAUCAGUCCUCGGAAAUGAAGGGCUGGCCGUCAGGAACCCUGACCAGGAACAGCUCUUUUUCCCAGCAGCAGUUUGCCCACCAGGGGAAUCCUGCAGCAUAUAGUAUGGUGCACAUGAAUGGCAGCAGUGGUCCCAUGGGACAGAUGAACAUGAACUCCAUGCCCAUGACUGGCAUGCCGAUGGGUCCUGAUCAGAAAUAUUGCUGACAUCUCUACCCCAGGACCUCCAAGGAAAUCACUGUACAAAUGACACUGCACUAGGAUUAUUGGGAGUAAAGAAUCAUUGUCUAGGCACCCAGCUUUGAAGAAAGGACCAGCUUUGAUCUCCAUCAAGGGUAUUUCAAGUGAUGUCAUUUGAGCAGGCAGGACUGGAUUUUAAGCUGAAGCGUGAUAUCUACCUGUUAAUUUUUCCCUCCUCCUAUGUAUCAUGGUGUUUAAAACAGAAAUAUUUUUGGCGUUCUGCCUUUUCAGGAUGUGAUUGUGGAGGCACGGAGAGUUACUGAUCACAGAAAUGUCCGGUGUCACUUUUUUCUGCUUUGCUAUCCAAAGUCUUUGGAAAAAAUGUAGGUGGGCCAGAGAACACUGGAGAAAUCAAGAGAUUAGAACAUCCGGUUUCUUGAUAGUUGCAGUAUUGGGUGAAGAGCAUGGUCCCAACCUCGAGUGUUUUUGUCACUAUCAGGUUCUGUCCCGGGAGUGGGCAUUUCAAAGUUCUCCCUUAAGGAUAGUGUUGAGUUGCUCUGACCCUACUCUUGGUUGUCCUAGGCUUUUUCCUAAAUAGCAUUUUUAUCUGCCCCUACUGUCCUGUAAUACUUCACCUCCAGGAAUUGUCCUUGGUGUCAAAUGGCUUCGCAGAAGGGAAAAUAGAUGACAGUAUUUAAUUGCAGCAGUCAGUGGCAGUCUUUCAUAUGCUAACGUGCAGCGGAGUGCACUUUAUUUAAAAAGUAAUGGAUAAAUGCAAUAUUCUCGAGGUCUUGAGGAACGGUGAACCACAUACCUAGUUUUUGUCUAAACUAAUCUGUUGGACAAGAACUGUGAUUUUUGUUGUUGUUGUUGAAAGUACUGGUUUCACCCUUUGCCUAUAUGGUAGAGCAAUAAUGCUUUUUGAAAAUAAACUGCAGAAAACCCAAGGCCAGGUACUGCAUUCUGAAUCAGAAUUUCGCAGUGUUUCUGUGAAUAGAAUUUCUUUUGUAAAUAUGACCUUUAAGAUAUUGUAUUAUGUAAAAUAUGUAUAUACCUUUUUUGUAGGUCACAACAACUCAUUUUUACAGAGUUUGUGAAACUAAAUAUUUAACAUUGUUGAUUUCAGUAAGUUCAACAUGGUGAGGUUACCAACAGAAGUCAUCCCCUGAAUUUUGUGGCCUGGGGGAUGGGGCAGUGGCCAACAGCUUUUCCUUGCCCCCAGCCUUAGAUGCCUCGCUUGUUUUCAGUCUCUUAAUCUAAAUGCUUUUUAAAGAGAUCAUUUAGAUGUAGACAUUUAAAUUUUUUAAAAAAAUUUCUCUACCAGAACUAAGCACUUUGUUAAUUUUGGGGGAGAGAAUAGAUACGGGGAAAUAAACUUAAA